UCCCCUCCCCUCCCCUCCAGCCUGUGUCACUGCCCAGUCAAUCAGUGCUUCAGCUUUUGCUCCACGGUGCGGAUUCUUCCACCCCUGGCUCCGGCUCUCACUGCUUCACAUUUCUCGCUUCUCCUUUGGGCAAAGAAACCAUCCACGUAGCAACAGAUCACAGUUUCUGACUGAACCUACAGCCAACACCUGCAAAACAGUGCUUAAAUUACUAUCACAGAACUUCUUGUGAAGGGCAGCUAAUGUUGAGAGGCAGCUAGGAAAGCAGGAUGACGGCAAUAGCAACGGACUACGACAACAUUGACAUUCAGCAGCAGUACAGUGAUGUCAAUAAUCGCUGGGAUGUGGAAGAAUGGGAUAAUGAAAACAGCUCUGCUCGACUCUUUGAAAGAUCUCGUAUUAAGGCCUUAGCAGACGAACGUGAAGCUGUUCAAAAGAAAACUUUCACAAAAUGGGUGAAUUCACACUUGGCACGAGUGUCUUGCAGAAUCACAGAUUUGUAUACAGACCUGCGCGAUGGCCGAAUGCUGAUCAAACUGCUCGAAGUCCUGUCAGGAGAAAGACUUCCUAAGCCAACAAAAGGACGAAUGAGAAUCCAUUGUCUUGAAAAUGUUGACAAAGCCCUUCAGUUCCUUAAGGAGCAAAGAGUACAUUUGGAAAACAUGGGAUCUCAUGAUAUUGUGGAUGGAAACCAUCGACUGACUCUUGGUCUGAUCUGGACUAUCAUUCUCCGAUUCCAGAUCCAGGAUAUCAGUGUUGAAUCAGAAGACAAUAAGGAAAAGAAAUCUGCAAAAGAUGCCCUGCUUUUGUGGUGCCAGAUGAAAACCGCAGGCUACCCCAAUGUCAACAUUCACAACUUUACCACCAGCUGGAGGGAUGGCAUGGCAUUCAACGCUGUUAUCCACAAGCACAGGCCGGAUCUGAUUGAUUUCGACAAACUUAAAAAGUCUAAUGCACACUACAAUCUCCAGAAUGCUUUCAACCUUGCAGAGCAACACCUUGGCCUCACUAAGCUGUUGGACCCCGAAGAUGUCAGUGUUGACCACCCCGAUGAGAAGUCGAUCAUCACCUACGUGGUGACAUACUACCACUACUUCUCCAAGAUGAAGGCCCUGGCUGUGGAAGGAAAACGUAUUGGCAAGGUUCUUGACUAUGCGAUUGAGACUGAAAAAAUGAUUGAAAAGUACGAGUCCUUGGCAUCUGAUCUACUGGAGUGGAUUGAACAGACUAUCACCAUCCUGAAUAAUCGCAAAUUUGCCAAUUCACUCAUUGGUGUUCAGCAGCAGCUACAAGCAUUUAAUACAUAUCGCACUGUUGAAAAACCCUCAAAGUUUACAGAAAAGGGAAACCUGGAAGUUUUGCUUUUUACCAUUCAAAGCAAAAUGAGAGCAAACAAUCAGAAAGUCUACAUGCCACGGGAAGGCAAGCUCAUCUCAGAUAUCAACAAGGCCUGGGAAAGACUGGAAAAAUCUGAACACGGACGAGAACUGGCAUUAAGGACUGAGCUGAUCAGACAAGAAAAGCUGGAACAACUUGCAAGGCGAUUCGAUCGUAAAGCUGCUAUGAGGGAGACUUGGCUGAGUGAAAACCAGCGCCUUGUUUCGCAGGACAAUUUUGGUUUUGAUCUCCCAGCUGUGGAGGCUGCUACCAAGAAGCACGAAGCUAUAGAGACAGAUAUUGCUGCAUAUGAAGAGCGAGUGCAAGCAGUGGUGGCUGUGGCCAAGGAACUUGAAGCAGAGAACUACCAUGAUAUCAAACGGAUCACAGCGAGGAAAGAAAACGUCUACAGGCUUUGGGAAUACCUACUGGAAUUGUUGCGUGCCCGUAGGCAUCGGUUAGAAAUGAACCUCAAUUUACAAAAGAUUUUCCAGGAAAUGUUAUAUAUUAUGGACUGGAUGGAUGAAAUGAAGGUGCUGUUGCUGUCUCAAGACUAUGGGAAACAUUUGCUUGGUGUGGAAGAUCUCCUGCAGAAACAUGCACUCGUUGAAGCUGACAUCGCUAUUCAGGCUGACAGAAUCAAAGGUGUCAAUGCUUCUGCUCGGAAAUUUGCUUCUGAAGGAGAAGGUUACAAACCAUGUGAUCCACAGGUCAUUCAUGAUCGUGUAACUCACCUGGAAUUCUGUUACCAAGAACUUUGUCAGCUGGCUGCUGAACGAAGAGCUCGCUUGGAAGAGUCCCGACGCCUCUGGAAGUUCUUUUGGGAGAUGGCAGAGGAAGAAAGCUGGAUCCGUGAAAAAGAACAGAUUCUUUCAGCAGCUGACUACGGCAAGGAUCUGACGAGUGUGAUUCGCCUUCUGAGCAAGCACAAGGCAUUUGAGGAUGAAAUGAGUGGACGACGUGGACCUCUUCAACAGACGAUAAAAGAAGGUGAUGCAAUGGUAGCUGAGGAGCACUUUGGAUCAGAGAAGAUUAAGGAACGGAUUCAGGACAUUCAGGAUCAGUGGGCCCACCUUGAUGAGCUGUCUGCAAUUCAGAAAAAGCGAUUGGAGGAAGCUGCUAACGUUCACCAGUUUAAGGCUGAUGGUGAUGAUAUUGAUGUGUGGAUGUUAGAUAUUUUGCGAAUUGUCUCCAGCAAUGAUGUUGGCCAUGAUGAAUACUCCACUCAAGCCCUAGUGAAGAAACACAAAGAUGUGGGUGAGGAGGUUGCUAGCUACAGACAAAUCAUUGAUUCACUACAUGAACAAGGACGAAGUUUGCCUGAUGAGUACUACAAUUCACCAGAGGUGGAAGGUAGAUUGGCUGAUAUUGAGGAACGUUACAAGGAGUUAGCUGAGCUGGCACGACUUCGUAAACAAGCCCUUCAGGAUGCACUGUCGCAGUACAAGAUGUUCAGUGAAGCAGACGCUUGUGAACUGUGGAUCGAUGAGAAAGAGCAUUGGCUGAACAACAUGGAGAUCCCAGAAAAGCUUGAAGAUCUUGAAGUUAUCCAACACAGGUUUGAAAGUCUAGAGCCAGAGAUGAACAACCAGGCUUCUCGUAUCGCAGUGGUGAACCAGAUAGCUCGACAGUUGAUCCACAGUGGUCACCCAAGUGAAAAGGAAAUCAAAGCACAGCAAGAUAAGCUAAAUACAAGGUGGAGUAAAUUCCGUCAACUUGUGGACCAAAAGAAAGAUGCACUCAAUUCCGCACUCAGCAUUCAGAACUACCACCUGGAAUGCAAUGAAACUAAAUCCUGGAUUAGGGAAAAGACCAAAGUCAUUGAGUCCACGCAAGAUCUGGGCAAUGAUCUUGCUGGUGUCAUGGCUCUCCAAAGGAAAUUAACUGGAAUGGAACGAGAUUUAACAGCAAUUGAAGCUAAACUAGAUGACCUGCAGAAAGAAGCCGAAAGACUUGCUGCUGAGCAUCCUGACCAGGCACAAGCUAUUAUGAGCCGUCUUGCAGAAAUCAGUGAUGUCUGGGAAGACAUGAAAAGUACUUUAAAGAAUCGAGAAGAAUCACUUGGUGAAGCAAACAAACUUCAGCAAUUCUUACGUGAUCUGGAUGACUUCCAGUCCUGGCUCUCAAGAACUCAAACUGCUAUUGCUUCUGAAGACAUGCCAAACACGCUGGCAGAAGGAGAAAAGCUACUCACCCAACAUGAAAACAUCAAAAAUGAAAUUAACAAUUAUGAGGAAGACUAUCAGAAAAUGCGAGACAUGGGUGAAAUGGUAACGCAGGGACAAACAGAUGCACAAUACAUGUUCUUACGCCAGCGCCUGCAAGCUUUGGACACUGGAUGGAAUGAACUGCACAAGAUGUGGGAGAAUAGACAGAAUCACCUGUCCCAAUCUCAUUCAUACCAAUUAUUCUUAAGAGAUACAAAGCAAGCAGAAGGAUUCCUCAACAACCAGGAAUAUGUGUUGGCACACACUGAAAUGCCCACAACAUUAGAAGCUGCAGAAGCUGCCAUUAAGAAACAGGAAGACUUCAUGACUACAAUGGAUGCUAAUGAAGAUAAGAUCAACGGAGUGGUGGAGACAGGCAGGCGGCUGGUCAGUGAUGUGAAUAUUUAUUCUGACAAAAUCCAGGAAAAGGUUAAUUCUAUCGAUGAAAGGCAUAAAAAGACCCGUGAAGGUGCCAGUGAACUUCUAAUGCGUUUGAAAGACAAUAGAGGUCUACAGAAAUUUCUUCAAGACUGUCAGGAACUGUCCCUCUGGAUUAGUGAGAAGAUGCUCACUGCCCAGGACAUGUCCUAUGAUGAAGCCAGGAACUUGCACAGUAAAUGGCAGAAGCAUCAAGCUUUUAUGGCAGAGCUUGCAUCAAAUAAAGAAUGGCUCGAUAAAAUUGACAAGGAUGGAAUGCAACUGAUUGCAGAAAAACCAGAGACCGAAGUGGUUGUGAAAGAGAAGCUCACUGCUCUGCAUCAUUCGUGGGAAGAUCUCGAAUCUACAACCCAGGCCAAAGCCCAGCGUCUGUUUGAUGCCAAUAAAGCCGAACUUUUUACACAGAGCUGCGCUGAUUUAGACAAAUGGGUGCACAACCUGGAAGGGCAGCUCCAAUCUGAUGAUUAUGGCAAGGACCUUACGAGUGUCUCUAUCCUUCUCAAGAAACAACAGAUGUUGGAAAAUCAAAUGGAAGUGCGGAAGAAAGAGGUGGAUGAAUUGAAGUCUCAGGCCAAGGUAUUAAGCCAAGAAGGUAAAGAUACCGAUGAGGUGGACUGCAAGCGCACCAUAGUUGAAAAUAGAUUCACACAAUUAUUGGAACCACUGCGUGAAAGGAAAAGUUACUUGUUGGCAUCGAAGGAAAUUCAUCAAUUCAACAGAGAUCUGGAGGAUGAAAUUCUGUGGGCUGAAGAACGCAUGCCUCUUGCAACAUCCACUGAUCAUGGCCACAACCUCCAGACUGUGCAGAUGCUGAUUAAGAAAAACCAGACGCUUCAAAAAGAAAUUCAAGGCCAUAAACCCCGAAUUGAUGAUAUAUUUGAGAGAAGCCAAAGUAUGGUAACUGCUGACACCCCAAGCGCUGAAGCUAUUCAGCAGAGAUUAUCAGAUCUACGGGAACUUUGGACCUUAUUGUCAGAAGAAACCGAGAAGCGGCACAAACGCUUGGUGGAGUCACACAAAGCCCAGCAGUACUAUUUUGAUGCUGCAGAGGCUGAAGCUUGGAUGAGUGAACAAGAAUUGUACAUGAUGUCAGAAGAGAAAGCGAAGGAUGAGCAGAGUGCAGUGAUGAUGUUGAAAAAACAUCAGAUUUUGGAGCUGGCAGUGGAAGAUUAUGCUGAGACUGUUCAUCAACUCUCAAAGACAAGCCGAGCUCUAGUUGCUGAUGGGCAUCCAGAGAGUGAACGGAUCAGUAUGCGGCAAUCUCAGGUGGAUAAGCUUUAUGCUGGACUGAAAGACUUGGCUGAGGAGAGAAGAGGGAAACUUGAUGAGAGGUACCGCCUUUUCCAGCUGAACAGGGAGGUGGAUGAUCUGGAGCAGUGGAUCGCAGAACGUGAAGUGGUCGCUGGAUCACAUGAGCUUGGACAGGACUAUGAGCAUGUUACGAUGCUACAAGAAAGGUUCCGUGAAUUUGCACGUGAUACUGGUAAUAUUGGUCAAGAGCGUGUUGACAGUGUGAACCAUAUGGCGGAUGAGCUGAUCAAUUCUGGACAUUCUGAUGCUGCCACCAUUGCUGAGUGGAAGGAUGGACUCAAUGAGGCCUGGGCAGAUCUCCUUGAGCUUAUUGACACUAGAACACAAAUCUUGGCAGCUUCCUACGAAUUGCACAAAUUUUACCACGAUGCUAAGGAAAUUCUUGGACGAAUUCAAGACAAGCACAAGAAGCUCCCAGAGGAACUUGGGCGAGAUCAGAACACGGUGGAAGCAUUGCAGAGGAUGCAUACAACAUUUGAACAUGACAUUCAGGCUCUUGGAACCCAGGUGAGGCAGCUGCAGGAAGAUGCUUCCCGCCUCCAAUCUGCUUAUGCUGGUGACAAGGCUGACGACAUUCAGAAACGUGAAACAGAAGUUUUAGAAGCAUGGAAAACCCUGCUUGAUGCAUGUGAAGCUCGGAGGGCAAAGCUUUUUGACACUGGUGACAAGUUCCGCUUCUUCAGCAUGGUGCGUGAUCUAAUGCUUUGGAUGGAAGAUGUCAUUCGGCAAAUUGAAACCCAGGAAAAACCAAGAGAUGUUUCAUCAGUGGAAUUGCUAAUGAACAACCACCAAGGCAUCAAGGCUGAAAUUGAUGCUCGUAAUGACAGUUUCACAACAUGCAUUGAACUUGGCAAGUCACUCCUAGCAAGAAAGCAUUACGCAUCAGAAGAGAUUAAAGAGAAGUUGUUACAGCUAACGGAUAAGAGGAAAGAAAUGAUAGACAAAUGGGAGGACAGAUGGGAGUGGCUCAGAUUAGUUUUGGAAGUACAUCAGUUUGCCAGAGAUGCAGGUGUGGCAGAAGCCUGGCUUCUUGGCCAAGAGCCGUACUUGUCUAGUCGGGAAUUGGGUCAGAGUGUGGAUGAGGUGGAGAAACUGAUUAAGAGGCAUGAGGCAUUUGAGAAAUCAGCAGCCACGUGGGAUGAAAGAUUUUCAGCAUUGGAGAGACUGACAACGCUGGAAUUGCUUGAAGUACGUAGAAAGCAAGAAGAAGAAGAGAGGAAGAGACAACCAUCACCACAGCCAACCCUGCCGUCAUCUGAUGAAUCCAAAUCACCACAGCAGUGGGAUGGGGCUCGAGAAGGAGAACACAAGGGCUUACCGUCAGACCAGGAAUCGCCACGGAUAUCUGAUACAAUUGAGGGAAGUGAGAUGGUAAAUGGCACCACUGAACAGAGAACCAGUUCCAAAGAACCCAGUCCUACAGGAUCACCAACUUCAGAUCGUAAAACCAAGUCUUCACCUUUGCAGUCUCAAUCUGCUACUUUACCUGUCAAGUCACAAGAAAGUCCCUCAGCACAGAUGGAAGGCUUCCUGCAUCGCAAACAUGAAUGGGAAGCACACAAUAAGAAAGCGUCAAGCAGAUCUUGGCACCACGUAUAUUGUGUUAUAAACAACCAGGAGACGGGUUUUUAUAAAGAUGCAAAGAAUGCUAGUUCAGGGAUCACAUAUCAUGGUGAGGUUCCAAUAAGCCUAAAGGAAGCACUGUGUGAGAUAGCUGUUGACUACAAGAAGAAGAAGCAUGUUUUUAAACUAAAGUUGAGCGAUGGCAAUGAAUAUCUCUUCCAAGCCAAAGAUGAUGAGGACAUGAACGGCUGGAUUCAAGCUAUCACUUCUGCUGUGUCUACUGACAAAAGUGAGACACCUCCAAGUGCCCAGAGUACUCCGGCAGCUAGUCGUGCCCAGACCCUGCCAGCAAGUGUGGUGUCAACUGGUGAAUCUAGCCCUGGCAGACGUGAGAAAGACAAAGAUAAAGAUAAAGAGAAGAGAUUCAGUCUGUUUGGCAAGAAGAAGUAGAGGAAACUCUUAGCCUGCAUUUCAUAUACUUCCAAUAAAACUCCAGCAUGAGCAUUUAGAACCAAUACAUUAUACCCUGUGCCUAAUGUCCUCAAGCCAGUUAUUUCUAAUUAACCAAGAGUAUCAGAGUGUUGCUAAUCUUUAGAAUGUGAGGUACAUUGGGCAGCUUUCAUUUAAAAACGAAAGGACCAGUUGUUGAUGAUUUGUAUGUAGUUUAGGGUCCAAGCAUCUAAAUCUCUCCUCAAUUUUGUGAGGCUGUCUUGGAAGUAAAUCAAUCUACGUCCAUGAGCUACUGGAAUGCAAGGCGGCAAUGCUUUUCAAAACUUUUAUUGUGCACAUGGAAUGUGUAUUAAAAAAAAACAAAAUACUUGUCCAAUUCCAUUUACUAAAGUUGCUAUGCCGAGUCUUGACUAGUAAAAACUUCCAUCCCCAUUUAUUUAAAAAAAAAUAUUGUAUCAUCUUUACUAUAACAAAAGCAAAUGCAUUAAUUUGCAUUUUAAUUCAAAAAAACCAAGUUAGCCUGGCAGCAGAUAUUAACAAAAACUGCUGGCUCUUGCACAGCAAGCGUAAUUAAAGAAUGUUGGUAUAUAAGAAUGAAUUCGUAUACUGAUUCACUUUUAAAUAAUCUGUAAUUUUAACAAAUUUUUUUUGUUGCUCAGUUGCAUUAUACUGUAUGUUUCAAAUAAUUCUGUUACAAAUAUAAAACUUUAGAUGUAUAUUAAACCCGUUCCAGGCAUUGAUGUUAAGUGUUGAAGUGGGGAUUCAUUCUUUGGAAAAGUAAUGUUACUGAAAUGGUUAUAUGCUUGUUGGCUAAAGCACUGCGUGUUAUAAUUUUGCUACAUUACAUUACUAUUUGAUACAUAGUGUGUAUUUCUGUCCCUGUAACUAUUAUACUGAAAAUUUCAUCUUACUGCACAAUCAGGAUACAUAAUAGGAAUGAUUCCUUGCAAAGGGUGGGCCUGUAGACAUAUAGUACAACAGGUUUUCAGCUACAUGGGACUGUACAUGUAGACUUACCUUAUCCGUUUUAAAAAUGUGCGAUGUCAUUAAAUGCUUUUAAAACUUA